AUGGCUAAUCUACAGCAGGACGUAGAGGCACUGGAUCGCGUCCUCUUUCGUCUGGCGAGCGUGGAUGACGAGCGUCUGAUCGAAGUGCUUCAGGUGCUGCUUCCUCAGUUGCUCUCACUGUUCCCAUGCUCACUUAUAACGCCACUUGAAGUGGAGCUAAAGGAUAAAAUAUUACAAGUUGUGUCCCAUAUUAAGACACGUCUUCAAGCACUACUACGUCCGACGCUGCCAUUGGAUGCACUAUGUCAAGUACUGCAACAGACUGAGCUUUCUGUCUUUUCCUAUAACCUCGCGCUUCAUUUUCUUGAAUUGGGAUUCAAUGCUGCGUCAAAAGAGCAGCAAACAAAAGUAUUAGCAGCAGUUGUCAAGACAAUCUCAAGAUUUUCAACUGUUCAACAAGAAACGUUCUUUAGACUGCUGAUACGUGCCUUACCUGUCACUGCCUCUACUAUUUUUCCAAGCUUGAAGGAAGUAGCUACAGAAAGAGAAGAAGAAGAAAAACACCAAGAAGAGACGUUGGCUAGUGCAGUGGUGGCACAUUUAGACGUGGUCGACGACAAUGUGGACGUAGUGCUGGACUUUUUGCUGGAUCUGGUGCUGUAUGAGCUUCCGUCUUCAAUGAGUGCAAACAUGAUGCUGUUUGGGUUAAUGACGCCACGAGUAGAACGACUGCAACGAGUCAAUGUAUCAGAUCUAAAUCGUGAAACAUUUUACGAAUUGCAACUCCACGCUUUGAAGCUUGUAAAGGAGAUGGCGAUUCCGACAAAGCUUAAACUUCCUGUUUAUCUUGCCGGUAGCGCCUCCUUCCACCAUGCGGUGAAGGCUUUCAGCGAAGAGCAAUUAUCUCGGGUGAUUAAAUACGAGGAGAUCGAGUUAGAGGAUGCUGAUGUGGCGCGACGCUUGAUGGCGUUAGUGCUCGGCAGUCAAGUGGCUCAGAGUUCCGGCGCUUUUGAGGGCGCUGAUGCAACUUUGCUGACCAAUCGAACACGCUUGGCCGACCCAAGUAUUUUGCAAACCCUGACACUACUAGCGGCGUCCACCGUAGCAACGAAUGUGCUUCCCAUGAUGCUGCAGCUGUUGUGCCAGUUAAUGUUCGGCAAUGAGCCGUCACGGCCGCCAAGCAUGGUAAGCAAGGUCAGACUUGCAAGCGUGCGCUUAUGCGAGUGGACAUUUCAUCAUACACAGCUUGCGUUGCUUGAGAGCCUGCUCGGUCCUGUAAUGUUCCCAACCAUGUUACGUUUACUAAUGAACCCCCACACUGAGAGCGAAGCAUCCAGCACAACGUUUGUGCGGGAGUUCCACCAGGGUGUUUACGAGUCACUAACAGUGCUUGCAAACCGUCUUCCUGCACUUGUUGCAACGUCCGAGCAGGCUUUUCAGGUAUUGCUUGUGCGUUGUCUUGCCGAGGAAGAAUACCGAACGGGUGCAGGUGCGGAUGCUUUGAAGACAUUCACGUCUUUUGCUAGUGCAUAUGCGUCAGCAGCUACACCUGAAGUGCGGGUAAAGGUGAUUCAAGAGCUGAUUGCAUUACUCAACGGGUCCAAGCUUUUCGAACCCAGCAGCAACUACUCACGCGUAAGAGAAGCAAUUGCUGCUUGGUGCGCUGAAUUGCUGACAGCUUCCGUCCCAGAACAAUAUGACAUCGCUUUGCGCUUCGCCGUAAUGCGACUGGAGUCAGUUCCUGACGAAAACACCCGACGGUUGUCCGAUAAAGCGUUGUUCACCAAGCCGUUUCCAUCCACAGGUGUGCUCGCACGGAGUCUACGAGCAACCUUUUCGCAAAACCUUACCAGCAGCAUGCCUGAUGUUGCAGUUGAACGUUGUGUCCAGUUUUGUGUUGAAAUUCUGAAGGCUUCUCAAGGAAGUGACACACCGGACGAGCGAAACUGCGUUGUGGACUUCAUUACGCGUACACUUUUGAGCUCAACAGAGCGCCAUGGAUUUGUUGCUGCUCAGUCUUUUUCGAUUGUUGAAACGGCAGCAAACGCGCUCGUGGAAGUGUGUGGAUUUGACGCCAAAAGUGUGAGUGCUAUAGUGCCCUGCCAAGUGAUUAAACUGUUCGACGCCGCGUCUGUUAGCCAAGACCGCAUAUUCCUGUCCAAUAUUUGUGCAAUUGUAAUGUGCGUUUGUAGGGCAGGAGCGCUCAGUGUAAGCCAAGUAGUGUCCGACUUCAUCGUGGUUGGUACGACCAGAUUGAAAUCAAGAGCAUCAGAGAAAGAGUUGUCUGGAUUGCUAUAUAUUCUCAGCAGCGCAUUGAACUACAUUAGUUCUGAUUCUCUGGUGGACGCUACUUCCAUCGACGAGAUGCAACUGAUGUUGCUAUGCUAUCAGGAAAUGGUUGAUCUUCUUCAUAUCAAGGUAAAAGAGGGCUCCAAUUUUGCGUUGUAUCCGAGAAAUGAACUGGCUCAGAAUGAAAAUUUGGCGUUGUUGAGAAGUAUCUUGGAUGGGAUUGGUCUCAGUGGUCCGCUAACGGGUUUUAUGCGGAGCUCUUUGGGUAGUGAGUGGAGUCCGCUUAAAACUAAGACGCUUCAAGAUUUGAGGUUAGUGGUUGAGUGGGAGCUAAAGUCUGUCCAUCUUGAUGACCAACUAAGUCCAAAGCUGAAAGCCAUAAAGCGAGUCGCAAUUGAGAAUUUAGGCCGAGCCACAUCAGACCUGCCUGGUAUUAUAUCUACGGAGUUGUCAAGUGGCGUCGAAGACGCCGUGAAUGUUCUCAUGAAUCUACGUAUGGAGAGCGAUACCGAAUUACAAUUCAUUGUAGGUGAAGCGCUAGUAGCACUUGGUACCCAUGAGUCAGGAGAGAGUUUUGCAAUGGAUAGUACGACCAAAUAUGAUACGUUUACAGCGAACCGUGCUGCCACAAUUUUUGAGCGAGUGUUAGCCAAUUAUGCUGGAUCUCGUCAAGUCGAACAACGUCGGAAUGCCACAGUAUGGCUUCUGUGUAUGUGUGCGGCAGGCCUGACAACACCGUCACCUGGACAUGGAAGUGUGCUAGUAUCUGCUGCGUCGUGGAAGAGCGUGUUUAGAUCUGCUGCGUAUUCACAAUCAGUAUUGGGCGUACACGAGUUUUUUGUGGCGAUGCUGAACGACACGAAUGGAGUUGCAAAAGAAAGCGCGGUGAAAGGACUAGCUUAUCUGCGACUACGUUCGCCAACCGACGAAAGGGGAGCAAAGUUUAGCGAAAGCUUAUUUCGGCGAUUGCGAUGCUUUCGCGCUUUUGCAUCUACUAGCGACGCCGUCGAUGAUGAUGAAAAUGAUGUUGGUGACAGAGCAGCUAAUGCAUCAGCUGCACCUACUGCUCCUCCGUCAUCAUUGUCACCCUCUACCGUUGAGAAUGCAGCAUAUCGAGAAGUCAGCAAUAUUGCAGCUGAUGUUGGUGAUCCGGAACUCAUGUAUGCGCUGUUAUACUUGAGCACUAAUGACCCGAUUUGGGAGUCGUUGGCAACGAUACCUACAUCUGCAGCGGUACUACAAUCUGGUAUGUUCUCUUUUGUCACGACAGACAAACUAUUUCGCGCUUCAAUCGUCGCCAAAGCUGGCAGUCAGUGGAUGGCAGAUGACUACUCCAAAAAAACAAGGCUUAUUCCGUGGUUGUUUCUGAUGAAGUUUCACUCAAACAGCAAAGUGGCUGCAGUUAUGGGCAACUUGUGGGAUUUUGCAAAAGGAAAUUCCGCAGUUGCUGCAACAGCGAAUGGAGAAAAAAUGCUGCUUCGACCGAAUUGGGUCCUCUUGUUUCAGUUUGUUCUGGCACGGCUAGAAACCUCUCGUAAUUUUAAGUACCGUGAAGCCGCGUGUCUUGCCCUUGUCGAUUUGCUCAACGGCGCCGAAGCAGAUAAUUUGAGAGAUGACUUUUUAAGACUCUGGACUACUGCAUCUCGCGCAGUAGAUGAUGUCAUGGAGACAGUGGCGCUUGCAGGUAUAAAGCUCUACCGCUACCUAGGUGAAACAAGUUUGCGUGUUGCUGCAAGCGAUGCUGUGUGCAGCUCUCAGCUGCUGGAGUUUUUGGUUGCGGACGGAAUUGUGAGCAAAAAUACUAUCUGCCGCAUGCUGAGCAUUGACAUUUUGUUACGCCUUGUAAAGAUAUUGAAGGCAUUCGAUAUUCAGAACCGCCUUGCACCACUGUUAUUGAAGUUGCUGGAAUACUUGUCUUCGCUGGAAAUGCCCGAGCUGCAGUACGCUCAAUUUCACGUGGAAAAGAAAGAUCAACUGGAGCGCUUGCGUAUUUCGAUGAGCCAGUCAGGACCUGUUGGUCAACUUCUCGAAUUGGCAAGAGCGCGCCUAAAAGAUCUUGCUGGUUCCACUGCUUGUGUCUCCGUGGUCGCUGAGCUUGUUCGUGGCUUAGCCAACCUGCUGAAGUUUGGUGUUGGCCUCAACACACGGGUGGGUACGGCCAAUUUUGUAAUAUCGUUAGCGGUCGAUCUUCCCUAUGAGCUUCGCAAGUGCAACGGGGCGGAGUUGCUGCUGCGCCGUGUGCUACUUCCGUACGUAAGCUCAAAGACAGCGGCUGAAAAUGAUCAGUAUGGGGACGAAGAAAGUCGAUACGGUAGCAUCAGCAGUGGUCUCUCCGCUGACGGCAGUGACUCAACUUUCGCCGCGACUUCGUUGACGGACGGACUGGUUAUUCAGAGCUACUGCCAAGCUGCCGCAUACUUGUGCCCACUAGUCGACGCAACUACAGUUCGUGAUUACGUUCGAUCUGGCAUCUUUGCUUAUAACGCCGCGAACAAAUACGACAGCAAGACUGUCGGCCCUCUUUCACGUGAUACGGGAAAUGAAGAGAUGGAAGGCACCCAGCCAAAAUCACUCAACGUUUACACGAGCCGAUUUUUACUGAUCAGUGCACUAGCAAUGAAAGAGCUUGUGAAGAAAGUGCCACCAAUCGCAGAUGCAAACACCGUGGUGAUUGAUGAUCUGCGCAAUGCUUGGUACUGCACGCACGUCUUCCCUGCCGCAUUUAUCGGUCAGUUUGCUGCUACAGACGCUCUCAAGAGCUCAUGGAUGACUGUGUUGGACGAGUUACCACCGACAAUACUCUACUCUACGAGAUCGUUGGAUGCUGUGCUUGACGCUGUCGCGUUGCUGUUGGCGCAUCCAGCUUGGGACACACGACGACAGGCCGCUCGAGCUUUGCAGGCGAUUUUUGCGAGCUCCACGUAUCGUUCAAAACUCUCCACGGAGCAAGUUGCACGCAUCUGGAACGAGCUCAUUGAUGCUGUGCCAGGUCGCCUUUGGAGGGGCAAGGGUGUCAUUCUGGAGUCUAUUGUCUCUUUGGCGGCUGUAAAACUGGAAAAUAAGGUAACCGACAUUGAUGAUCGAAAAUGGACCGAGAAGUUGUCGCUGCUUCUUGUUGAAGAGUGUGCUCGCGCAUGGAUAAAUCAAGAUUUGGCGUAUCUCGAGAGCGCAAUUGUAAAUCUGGGGAAGUUUUCUGCAUUGCUGCCUGCUGGUCAAUUUGAUCUGCGUGCGUCAAAUGUUCGUUUCUUAAGAAGUUCAUUUGCUGAAUGGAUGACUGGGAAUGAAAUGGAGCUGUCAGAGUCGACCAGGCCGCCAUUGCCACCAUUACUUAUGAAAUGCGUCUUUGAAGCUCUUGCACUCAUGUGGCCUCCCUUGACAGCAACACAAGAUACAACAGACAGUGACAAUACCGAGACGGAUGUAGAAACAAUCUUGUGGCUUUGUGCGAGUGUACAAUCGCCUCAUUUGGCCGCCUGGAGUGUUCGUCGAGCCAUUUUCCAGACUUUGACUGCAGUUGUUGACCGUGUAUCAUCUCUCAAGAGGCUCGUUGAUUGCAAAAGUCUUGCUGAGCAUGUUAUCGAUACCUGCUGUGGAUUAUUUGGUGUAGGUGAUGCUAAGUAUUCGAUGGUUCGUGUGGCAGCAGCUGGGACUCUUGUGGCGUUGUUAAAACGUGCAGUAGACAACGCGGAUCUGGCGUUGAAAUUGAUUGUCCAGCGAGAGCGUGUGUCAGCUGCAGUGGAGACGCUGCUGGAAAGUAAAGAUGCACAUGAACAACAGGCAGCUUUUAAUCUAAAGUCUCAGCUAGUACUGAUGCCUUAA